AUAUUCAAACCGUAUUUUACCGAUACUGAUGAGUACAAGGGGCAACCACCACAUUUUCAAGUUCAGAAUGAACACAAAGAUUUUGAUCUCCUUUUGUCUGAAACAAAUCCUAAGCAAGAGUUUUUCUGAAAAGGCCAUGCUAAGUGCGAGUCCAAUGAGAAUUUGUUGCUGAUACUAUUGGUGGUGCGAAUGGUGCUGGAUACACUACUUGAUGUGGGUCUGAACAAGCAAGAACUUGGAGAUCAAAGCUCUACAAUCCUAGUUUAUGACGCCUAUGCUACUGUCUCUGCCUUUGCUUAUAGGUGUGGUUAUAGGCACCCUGCAGAGCUCAAAUCAAAAGAAACAGAGUUGAGGUUGAUUGAAGAUUCUAUCAUAGAGCUCUCAGCAAAGCUUCAACAAAAAGAAGAGAAAUUGGAUUCAGCUCGACAACAUGUGAAACAUUGUGCCAGAAAAAUUGAAUCAAAAGAGGAGGAGCUCAAUAAAAUCAAAGGAAGAAUAAACACAUAUGAUACAGAGCUUGAAUCGAGAGAGAGGGAGUUCAAUGCCAUUCAACUGUCCAUUGAAGACCGGAGUGAGGAACUUAAAGGGAAGGAUAGGCAACUGAAAUCUGUCCAACUAUCGAUAGGAGAAUGGGAGAAAGAGCUGAAAGCAAUGAAGGAACAUAAAUAUCCCAUCCAAAAAUCAGUUGUGGAAUGCUCUGAGGAGCUCCAAUCAAAAGAGAAGAACCUUAUUUUGGCAAGAGAAUCUCUCAGAGAAUGUUGUGAUAAUCUCGAAUCGAAGAAGGUGCAGCUGGAUUCAAUUCAACGUACUGGUUAUGAUUAUAGCAGAUUGAAGACAAUGCAACUUAUCCAGCAAUUUAGCCUGAGCUUAAUGCAACCUUAAAAAAUUACUGUCUCUCCCCUGGAGUCUUUUGACUUUAACAUGUAGCAAGCAUCUCAACAGAAAACCAUAUUCAGCAUAAUUCCCAUUCAUAUUUUUUGAAACAGUACACUAAUAUUCCAUAAAAAUUCAAGAGAGAACACAAAUAAUGGAAAUCCGAUCAGGCCAUUUACGUGCCAUGAAGAUAUCAAAGGAAAUAAGAGGCCAUUUUGCAUGCAUAAACGUUUAUUUACCUGCUUAAAUAUGCAGCCAUACUAUUACCAUUCACAUAUAUUCCAUAUAUAUGCAAGCUGCUAAGUAACAAUGAUCUUGAGGUCCAUUAUGAAUAGCAGUGGCCCUGGUGGGGAAUGACACUGAGGGGAUAGAAGAUGGAGGGCUUGGCACUGAGGGGAUAGUUGGUGGAAGUGGAGGCAACCUGACAAGUGGUGGAUCAGGCAAAUUAGGAGGAACUGUAAAGCUGAGAAUAUUACGUGUUGGAGGCAGGAGAUGACGAGCUGCCACAGCAACAUCAAUGCUUGAAAAUGACAGUGUGAUCAUGAACAUAGCCAAAAUCAGUAAGCGAGAAGAUGCCAUGGUAUAAUAAUAUAAGAACAAGAAAUCAGUGACCUCUGACCUAGAACAAUCAGGCAAGGAAAGCAAUAGAGGCUUAUGGGGUGUGCAAACUCUGACCUUUCUUUUGCUAUUUAUAAUCGAGGACAUUGGUUCACUGUGUAAAUGAAGGGCAGGUUCACUGUGUAAAUGAAGGGCAGGCAGUAAGCUGCUGCAUUUGACGAGUUUUGUUGCAUGUGCUUGGCUAAAACUGAAGUGCUUUGAAAGCGGAAAUCAGGCAACCGGUACAUAUUACUCCAGCUGCUGUUAAAUUUUCAUCUUCAGUGCUUUCAAAUGCAGUUGUAGUCAUCACAUGAGUCUACCUAAUUUGUUUGGUAGAUGCAGGUAUGUCUCAAAAUUUUGAAUAAAGUUACACAAAUAAUAUUUUCAGUCCACUGACGUUCCCUAUUGAUUGCUAUCUGUGGUCAUGGAAAUUUGUUCCGAGGAUGUUAAUUCGAGGCAGUAAGAUGUCAGUGUUUAGUUAAGAUUAGCACUGCUCUCAUUUCAGUCUUCAUGUGAAGUGGCUGCAAAUUUUGUUGUAGUCUUCAUACCUGUAGCUAAAUAGUUUGAUAGAUUCAGAUGUGUCAAAAAUUAGAUACAAAAAUAAAACCACACAACUACUCUUUCCUUUCUUCUACUAAUUUUUUUCUCACCUUUAUGUAGUUAGCUUCUGUUUGGGGCCAUUACAUUCUGUUUUAGGAACUGUAAUUAAUGAUGUGUUCAAUAUGAUAUGUCGGUGAUCUAUUAGUUUGUUCCAUGUAACCAGAUCAUUAUUUGAAUGGAAAAAUUAUUCAAGUCCUUAAUGAUUUUUCCUUAUACGAAGUCCUUUCUGGUUCUCAAACAUGGAUGAUAUCAAUCAUGAUUUUCCUUUCUUAGAAAAAAUGAAUUUCUGGUUCUCAAUAUGAUAUGUCGGCGAUCUAUUAGUUUGUUCCAUGUAACUAGAUCAUUAUUUGAUUGGAAAAAUUAUUCAAGUCCUUAAUGAUUUUUCCUUAUACUAAGUCCUUUCUGGUUCUCAAACAUGGAUGAUAUCAAUGAUGAUUUUCCUUAGAAAAAAUGAAUUUCUGGUUCUCAAUAUGAUAUGUCGGCGAUCUAUUAGUUUGUUCCAUGUAACCAGAUCAUUAUUUGAUUGGAAAAAUUAUUCAAGUCCUUAAUGAUUUUUCCUUAUACUAAGUCCUUUCUGGUUCUCAAACAUGGAUGAUAUGAAUCAUGAUUUUCCUUUCUUAGAAAAAAAUGAAUUUUUGAGUCAAUAUUUUAGGAAUUGAUGAAGAAGGGUGUCAACGGAAGCUUAUUAAGGAAAGGAUUAGAUGUUGUCAAAUUGUCAGUCACAUAGAUUUGCUGCUGAUUUCUUUCCCUUACCUGUCAGAAAUGUUAAGAGAAGGGUAUCUUUGCUACAGCUGAUUAUUCACAAUGAUGCGGGUUGAGGCCUUCUUGUGGUUUAUCUUAGUUUUUUUGCAGAGGAUGCUGCCAGGAUAAAAUAUGGGUAUUACAAAGGUUUCACGUAUAUCGUUAUCCAGUUAACCUAGUUUUGCUGGAAUGCUGAAACAACGGAGACUCAGGUUAAUUUGUUCCCGUGGAGGUAAAUGCAGAAUCUGUUCUGUUAUCAUGCUUACGCAACUCUGCUUCUUAGAUUACUUUUCUGAUGCUUUGUUUUAUUAUGGUGUUUUGGCAUAUUUUGCAUCAAACUCUGCUACAGAAAAUGCAAAAGAUUUCUGUUGAGACUGAAAAGUUCAAAUUGCAACCCAUUUUAAAGGACGGUCAAGGAUAUUGUUUGAAACAAGCAUUUCAACAGAAAAACAUAUUAAGCAUAACUCCAUUCAUAUUUUGAAACAGUAUACCAACAUUAUUUUCACGUGAAAAUUCAAGAGAGAACACAAAUAACUGAAAUCCUCUGGCGGUUUGCAUGCCAUGAAAAUAUAAAAGGAAAUAAGAGUCCAUUUUGCAUGCAUAAACCUUUAUUUACCUGCUUAAAUAUGAAGCCAUACUAUUACCAUUUACAAAUAUUCCAUAUAUAUGCCGGCUUCAAAGUAACAAUGAUCUUAAGGUCCAUUACAAAUAGCAGCGGUGGUGGGGAAUGACACUAUGGAGGGCUUGGCACUGAAGGGAUAGUUGGUGGAAGUGGAGGCAAUCUGACAAGUGGUGGAACAGGUAAAUUAGGAGGAACUGUUAAGCCAGGAAUAUUACGUGUUGGAGCCAGGAGAUGGCAAGCUGCCACGGAAAAUAACAGUCUGAUCAUGAACAAAGCCAAAAUUGGUAAACGAGAAGAUGCUAUAGUAUAAUAAUAUAAGAACAAGAAACCAGUGACCUCUGACCUAGAACAAUCAGACAAGGAAAGCAAUAGAGGCUUAUGGGGGUGUGGAAACAGUGAUCUUUCAUUUGUUAUUUAUAGUCGUGGACAUUGAUUCAGCUUGUAAAUGCAGUGUGGUAAGCUGCUGCAUUUGGUGAGUUUUGUUGCAUGUGCUUUGCUAAAACUCAAGUACUUCAAAAGCUGAAACCAGGCAACCAGUACAUAUUACUCCAGCUGCUGUUAAAUUUUCAUCUCACUGCCUUCAAAUGCAGUUGUAGUCAUCACAUGAGUCUACCUAAUUUGUUUGGUAGAUGCAGGUAUGUCUCAAAAUUUCGAAUAAAGUCAGUCCACCGACAUUCCAUAUUGAUUGCUAUCUGUGGUCAUGGAAAUUUGUUCCGAGGAUGUUAAUUCGAGGCAGUAAGACGUCAGUGUUUGGUUAAGAUUAGCACUGCUCUCAAUUCAGUUUUCAUGUGAAGUGGCUGCAAAUUUUGUUGUAGUCUUCAUACCUGUAGCUAAAUAGUUUGAUAGAUUCAGAUGUGUCAAAAAUUAGAUACAAAAAUAAAACCACACAACUACUCUUUCCUUUCUUCUACUAAUUUUUUUCUCACCUUUAUGUAGUUAGCUUCUGUUUGGGACCAUUACAUUCUGUUUUAGGAACUGUAAUUGAUGAUGUGUUCAAUAUGAUAUGUCGGCAAUCUAUUAGUUUGUUCCAUGUAACCAGAUCAUUAUCUGAUUGGAACAAUUAUUCAAAUCCUUAAUGAUUUUUCCUUAUACCAAGUCCUUUAUGAUUCUCCAACAGGGAUGAUAUCAAUUAUGAUUUUCCUUUCUUAGAAAAAAAUUAUUUUUCGAGUCAAUAUUUUAGGAAUCAAUGAAGUAGGGCGUCAACGGAAGCUUAUUAAGGAAAGAGUUAGAUGUUGAAUUGUCAGUCACAGUGUUUUGCUGCUGAUUUCUUUUCCAUAUCUAUCAGAAAUGUUAAAGAGUAGGGUAUCUUUGCUACAGCUGAUUAUUCACAAUGAUGCUGGUUGAGAUCUUGUGGUUUAUCUUAGUUUUUUUUGCAGAGGAUGCUGCCAGCAUAAAAUAUGGGUAUUACGAAGGUUUCAUGUAUAUCCUUAUCCGGUUAACCUAGUUUUGCUGUAAUGCUGAAACUACGGAGACUCAGGUUAGUUUGUUCCUGUGGAGGUAAAUGCAGAAUCUGUUCUGUUAUCAUGCUUACGCAACUCUGCUUCUUAGAUUACUUUUCUGAUGCUUUGUUUUGUUAUGGUGUUUCAGCAUAUUUUGCAUCAAACCCUGCUAUAGAAAAUGCAAAAUAUUUCUGUUUAGACCGAAAAGUUCGUAUCGCAACCCGGUAUAAAGGACAGUCAAUGGUGUUGUUUGAAACAAGCAUCUCAACAGAAAACCAUAUUAAGCAUAACUCCAUUCAUAUUACUUGAAACAGUUUACCAACAUUAUUUUCAUAUGAAAAUUCAAGAGAGAACACAAAUAACUGAAAUCCUCGGCGGUUUGCAUGCCAUGAAAAAUAUGAAAGGAAAUGAGAGGCCAUUUUGCAUGCAUGAACUUUUAUUUAUGUACUUAUAUAUGAAGCCAUACUAUUACCAUUUACAUAUAUUCCAUAUAUAUGCUGGCUUCGAAGUAACAGUGAUCUUAAGGUCCAUUACGAACAGCAGCAGCCGUGGUGGAGAAUGACACUAUGGAGGGCUUGGCACUGAAGGGAUAAUUGGUGGAAGUAGAGGCAAACUGACAAGUGGUGGAUCCGGCUAAUUAGGAGGAACUGUAAAGCCAGGAAUAUUACGUGUAAAUACAGUGUGAUCGUGAACAUAGUCGUGUACAUUGAUUCAGCGCGUAAAUGCAGUGCUAUAAGCUGCUGCAUUUGGUGAGUUUUGUUGAAUGUGCUGGCCAAAACUUAAGAACUUCAAAAGCUGAAUUCCGGCAACUAGUACAUAUUGCUCCAGCCACUGUUAAAUUUUAAGAGCAGGGCAUCUUAGUACAGCUUGUUAUUCACAAUGAUGGUUGAGGCCUUAUUGUUGUUUAUUUUAUUACGUAGCCGAGGAUGCUGCCAGCAUAAAUUGGGCAUUACAAAGUAUUCGCAGACAUUCUUAUCUGGUUACCCUAUUUUUCCUGUAAUGCUGAAACUAGUGAAACUCAGGUAUUUUUUUUUUUUCAUAUGAAGGUAAAUGCAAAAUCAUUUUCGUAA